CCCCUCACCGGUUAGACUAUAAAGCAUUGAUUUUAUGCCUACACUUGAAAGCAAUUGUAUGUCGGAACUUCUUCGUUAUUCAGUUUGCUAUCUAGAGCAUUGGUGCUAAUUACGUUUCUUGACUUCGGUUCGACUAUUUGAAAUAGUGGGAUCAGCAGAAAUUACAUCAGAACUCCGCCUCCAGCCGUGCCGCACUGGCAUUGGGAGCAGAAAACUCGGGAGAAAUGCUUUAGGUUUCCUCGUGUAUAAACGCUGCUGUGUCUAGGUCAUCUCCUUGCCAGCAGAAAGAGUAAAUCCAGUAUUCCUCCUUGCAGGGUUAAUUGUCGGCCAGUUUACCUGGUGUAAGGGCCGUAACAGUGGACGGACGGUUCAAACAUCGACAGCACAAGAAAUCCAAUCGAUCUGUGCCAGCGAAUUUCGAAAGAAUAGCACCUGGCUGUAAAAGUAUUGCCAAGACUGUUUCACAACCUGUGCGAUGAUUAAUAUUGCUGCAUAGUCUCAACCAAUCUUGGAUGUGAUUUCCGAGCCCACAAAUCAACAGAAUGAGUUACUUGGUCUCCAAUGCUUAUGGUGUAAUAAUGCCUGGACAGGAUAAAUCGCCAGCAUAGCAACUUGAGAUUUAAGAAGCUUGCGUACAGAGAAUGAAACCAUAGAAGUGCUGCCCAAUUAUUGUUCCAGAAAGAUUGUAAUGCCAUUAUUGGAAGAAAGCACCCUCCUUGGAGAUCUCUCCUUAAAUGUUCCUGUCACAAUUAUAGGAAAUGGUCCUUCUGGGAUGUGUCUUUCCUAUCUGCUCUCUGGAUAUAGACCAUACUUGGCACCCGGGACUGUACAUCCGAAUCCAGUCCUACAUAACAAGCUGGAAGAAGGAAGGCAUUUUUCUGUUGUAGAUCAGGAUCUGGAAUAUUUAUCCGAAGGUCUUGAAGGCAGGUCAUCCAAUCCUGUGGCACUUCUCUUUGACACUCUUCUUCAUCCUGAUGCAGACUUUAGAUUUGAUUAUCCAUCAGUCCUACAGUGGAAGCUAGAAAAGCACAAGAGCAUUCCUCAUUUGGUGCUGGGAAAAGGUCCGCCCGGUGGUGCAUGGCAUGUCAUGAAAGGGUCCAUGCUGACGAUUAGUUUGGACAACUGGAUGGAGCUACCUGGAUUGAAAUUAAAAGACUGGACCAACAAUAAAUGGAGAAACCUAAUGAAUGACAGAGCAACUCCAGAAGAAAUAGCUUCAUAUUAUAAAGACUACGUUAAGAUUAUGGGUCUUCAGAAAAACUUUGUUAACAACACUUGGGUCACUUCUGUCUCAAAGUUGCAGCAAGAUCAAGAGAAUAUGAAGGACAAAAUGCUUAAGAGUAUCAAAAAGGAUAUUACCACACAGCAGCUGCCUGCUACUGAAAAUGGACCAGCUCUCAGCCUUUGGGAAGUCAGAGGAUAUCAAAGAAUUGGAGAUGGAUCACAUGUACCUUUUUGCCUUUUCACUGAAAAUGUUGUCUUAGCCACUGGUACCUACGAUUUACCUGCAAGGCUGGGGGUUGAGGGUGAAGACUUGCCUUUUGUAUUUCACAGUAUCUCAGCCUUUGAGUCUGCCAUCAAAAGCUGCAAAGUCAACCAGUUAUCAGAUCCUGUUCUCAUUGUUGGUGCAGGGCUGACUGCAGCAGAUGCAGUACUGUGUGCCUCUCACCACAAAAUCCCUGUUAUUCAUACAUUCCGAAGAAAUGUCACUGAUCCAGGCUUGAUCUUCAAACAGCUUCCUAAGAAGCUUUAUCCGGAAUAUCACAAGGUUUAUCGCAGGAUGUGCAAGCAGUCCCAUACCACAACCUCACAUCCUAACUACACAAGCUUCCCUGAAAGCUGCAUUGUUUCUUUCCAACCAGAUAUGAAGUGCAUUCUUCAGAGUGCCUCAGGAGAGAACAUUGUCUUAAAUAUCUCGAUGGCCCUGGUGCUGAUAGGUAGUUACCCUAAUCUAUCCUUUCUUAAAGAGCAUGGAAAGUACUUAGGAAUGGAUCCAAGUAAGCCCAUUUCGUGUAAGCGAAAUCCUAUUGAAAUUGAUCCUUAUACAUUUGAAUGUACCAAAGAAGCUCACUUCUUUGGUAUGGGCCCACUAAUUGGGGACAACUUUGUCCGCUUUCUUAAAGGUGGAGCUCUGGGCAUCACAAGUUGUUUAAUGAAACGCUUGAAGAAAAAGGGACAGUUAAUUUCUGAAAUAGGAAGUGAUGAAGGGUAACAAAUCUCAGGAUUAAUGAUGAAUUUUGACUUCUGUUUACAAUGACAAGUCACCAACUGCAGUCCUUUAUGGUUUCAAGAUACAGAUAAGUCAGUCAAGGUCCAGCUCAUACUGUGAUAAUGGAGUGGAGGAAAUAGUUCAGUAAGUAGUUAAUGUGUACUCAGUAGUAACAUUGGCACCCUGCAAUAAUUUAAAAUGCGCACAUUUCUUUAUGCAACAAAUGGCAAUGAACUUGGCAAACAACCAACAAGGCGUGGGCAAGUCCAUUCCGAGGAAUCCGUUAUUAGAACUGAAUAUCAAAAUACAAUCAUUCUGUAAAAAGAAAUGUGCACCUAAAAAUUGAUUGCAAAAUUAAAAUCCAUGUCUGAAUUGCUUCAUGCUUUGGCCUUCUGCCCAUCUAUUUUCUUCCUCCACUCCAUUGGAUGGUUUAAUAUUUUCAAUGAUCAACUAUUCCUAAGUAUAUUAUCCCCAAUAGACAUUAAUAAGAUGUGAACAUUUAAGUAAUUAUUAAGGUUUUCAAUCACAAUUAUGCUGUUUAGGAAACAGUACAUAAAACAUUUAAAGAUCUUCAAAAUGUAAAGCUUCUCUGAUUACGUACACAUUCCUUCAUCUGAUGAGAAAUUGUGCUGACAAUUUAGAAUAUUUAUACUAGAAUAUUUAAAAUGGAGUGGAUGUUGCAAGAAUAUCACAGAGCAAUGUCUCCAUAAGUGACACCACUGUACCAGUAAGGAGAAGAAAAUCAGUGUCUUUGCGCUUAUAUUAAAGCCCUUAGAGUGAUUUUUCUUGUCAUUGUUACCAAGGGAAUCUCAACCACCAACAUUGCAUAACAGAAAUCUUGAUGUGUGCUCCAUGUGAUUGUAAUAUAUUGAAUUGAAUAGUUGGGAAUUCAUGCAGAAUGCACACCAACAUCUCUAAUGUGCGCUGUUAUGGGAAGAGGUUUCCUGGUGGAAGUCCAAAGUUGGAAAAUUAACUCUGCAGUUUUAUAAAAAGCUUUUUUUUAGAAUGAAAA